GAGCAGAUCAAAUUCCAUAUAUCUCAAUGGCAGGGAUCAACUACUGCCUCUGUGUCACAAUCCUUUGCACCACCCUUCUCAGCUCGAGUGGAAGCAGCUAUGCUCAGUCCAAGGAAGAACACAAAAACAAGCUCCUGUUUGUGUUUGGAGACUCCCUCUUUGAUCCAGGGAACAACCAGUACCUCAACUCGAGCAGAAGGUCACCGGCAACGUCAUGGCCUUAUGGUAUGGGGUUGAACAAUCAUUCCACUGGUAGAUUAUCUGAUGGCCUUAUAGUCCCUGAUUUCAUAGCUUUGUCUGCGAGGUUGCAAGUUCUUCCACCAGUUUUGCAACCAGGUGUAAAUUUUAGUGAUGGAGCUAACUUUGCUUCUGCUGGAGGAGGUGUUCUUGACACUCAUAUUGGAGUGAUGAACAUGGGAACCCAAUUAUACAACUUCAAGAAGGUGGUAAAUAUGUUGACAAAAAAAUAUGGUGAAGAAGAAACCAAGAAAAUUUUAAUGAGAUCUGUUUUCUUGUUUAGCUUGGGAGGCAACGAUUACUUUGCCUUCAACACCGAGUACCCGAAUUCUACUCAAGCUGAGCGCAUGGCAUACAUGCGCUUGGUUGUAGGCAAUUUAACCAAUGGUCUCAAGGAGAUAUAUGCCAUUGGAGGAAGAAAGAUUGCUUUCCAAAAUGUUGGGCCGUUGGGUUGUGUACCGACCAUCAAAAUGAUGUACCCGGAGUUUAAUGGUUCUUGUGUUAGAAAUUUCAUGGUACAUGGCAAAUUACACAACAAGGCUCUUUCCAAUGCCCUUAAGAACUUACCAACAAAACUACCGGGAUUCAAGUACUCAAUAUUCGAUUAUUACACAGCACUGGAAGACAGAAUUAAGAACCCUACGAAAUAUGGUUUCAAGGAAGGGUACGUUGCGUGCUGCGGAAGUGGAUUGUACAAUGGGAGGAACUGUGGAGGAGGAGAUGAUGGAAAACAAGCAUACAAUCUAUGCAGUAAUCCCAGCCAGUAUGUGUUCUUUGAUGGUGGCCAUACUACUGAGAAAACAAAUCAUCAAUUAGCCAACUUAAUAUGGAGUGGAAUUCCCAAUGUCACUGGACCUUAUAAUGUGAAGCAACUAUUUGACUUUCCUUAAUUAAUGUUUGGUGUAGUUCUUACUACUACAUAAUUAAUUCAGCUGGUAUGCAUUGUAUUUUAGUUUCUACGAAGCAGAGAGGUCAAGGGAAAUGGUAUUUUAGCUUUCGGAACCGAUUUAUUUACAACUUUAAUAACAAAUAUUAAAGAGU